UUUGAAAUAUGAAUUAUUCUCUCUUAUGUUAUUCGAAUUUGAUCGUCGUGUCAGGGAAAAAGUUUCAUUGUACAUAACCUAACAAAAGUUUGUUCCCGUCUUUUUUGAUCCAGUACACGAUAUCGUAAUAUAUUACAAAUACAUGUCGUCGAUUAAUGAAAUUUUACAACGUUUGAUUAAUUACAGAACAUUGAAUAACAUCUUCCAUCAAUAUACAAAACGAAGAAUUAACGAUAAUAGAAAAUUUUGUUCAAUAUAUAACGAUUACUCAAUGAAACGAACGAAAAGAAUUAAUACUGUUGAUAAUAAAAUUAAUCAGAAUGAAAGUGAUGUUUGUGAAACAGCUAUGGUUACGAAAACGGAACAGAAUUUUGUCGAGGUACUUCAACCUAAGGAUAAGGAAAUUAAACGGUCUAAAAUAAAUUUGAAAGUAUUGCGAAAUGAAAAUGAUAAAUCUUUAAAUACGAUUAAAUUAAAGGAUUUUGAGGGAAAGAAAGAAAUCGUAGAAAUAUCACAUACGGAUAAUAAAAAUGUUACAAGGAAAAAAAUAAGAGCAAUAGUGGAUUUGAAAAUGAUGAAAGAGGAAUUAAAACAAUUAGAGGAUCCACCUGUUACACCUUGGGAAAAAGAAAUAUCUUCGUCUCGGCUUCCAUUUGAAUUUUUUGAUACACCUUGCGAACAACUUGCUCAACAUCUUUUAGGAAAAGUACUUGUUCGUCGCUUAGAAAAUGGGACGAUAUUAAAAGGUAGAAUUGUAGAAACUGAAAGUUAUUUAGGAGCAAUUGAUAAAGCUUCUCAUUCUUAUCAAAAUAAAAUUACACCACGUAAUAUACCAAUGUAUAUGUCACCUGGCACAAUUUAUAUAUAUAUGACUUAUGGGAUGUACUAUUGUUUCAACAUAUCAAGUCAAGGUGAUGGCAGUGCUGUCUUGAUAAGAGCUCUUGAUCCUUUAGAAGGCACUGAGUACAUGAGUAAUCAGCGAAUCUUGAAAAAAAAAUCAAAUAUGUCUAAAGGAAAUAUUAAAGACUUGAAAGUACAUGAAUUGUGUAAUGGGCCUUCAAAACUUUGUAUGUCUUUCCAAUUGCAUAAAAGUCAUAAUAAGUAUUCACUGUGUACAUGGAAAGGUCUUUGGAUAGAAGAUGAUUCAUUUCAAGAAAAAAUCAAAAUUGUUAAGUGCGCAAGAAUAGGUAUCGAUAGCUGUGGUCCUGAAUGGUCGAACAAACCCUUACGUUAUUAUAUUUAUGGAAAUAAAUCUGUUAGUAAACGUAAUAAAAAAGCAGAAGCAUUUAUAACAAAUACUUAGAAGACUAAUUUUAAUAAUAUGUGAAAAAUUUGAAAUUAAUAUCACUUAAAUAUAAGAUUUUUAUCUCUUUGCAUUCUUUCAUGUUAAAAAUUAUAAUACCUGCAUUAAGUACAGAGGUAGACUUUUAUACAUUUAUACAAUUUAUUCCUGGCCAAAAAAAAAAAAAACAAAAAAAAAAUAUACGCAGUAUACAAAUAAAUUGCAAAUCGGGUUUAAAAACAUGUAGUAUUUCAUUACUCUUCUCUCAUAAAUAUAUCUUCUUUAUAAAUAAAAUGCAUUAAAAAUAUUUACCUAUUUCAGUGUACAAAUUACGAAUAGAUAAUAAUAUUUAAACAAGGCGCACAUCACCUUUAUAUAUUUUACUAGACAUAUUAUUACCUUCAUUGCAUUUAUGCCCAUUCUCUCAUUACUCUUUCGUAAUCUUCUUCUUCUAUAAAUGGCUUAUCAAUUGAUCUGAAAUAUAAUAUUUUACAAAUUUACCGGAUCCUAAUUUAAAAAAAAAAAAAAAAAAAAAAAAAAAAAAAAAAAAAAAAAAAAAAAAACGAGCAAUAAUAAAUAUACUAUAAUUAAUAAAGGAACAACUUACUCUAUCAUAAGUUCUCCACAGUAUAAACAUUCUGAAGCUACCAAUUCGUCUAUAUCAGCUUUAAUUUGAUCUUUAAUUGAUAGAGAUACCAUUCCAAUUGAUGUUGUAUCUUCAGAUUUAUUUGAAAUGGCUGUAAGUUGACGUUGAAGAUCGGCAAGUUUUGUUCGUUGAUCCAUUGAUAACAUGGGUGUUAAUGCGGCAACAAGACAGUCACUGUGAAAUCUAUGUCCACAAGGAAAUACAUAAAAAGGCCUUAAUAAAAGUUGAAUAUCACAAGAAUUACAUGUAUCUCUUGCAUCUACAAAAGUGCACCUAUAAAAUUAAUUACAGUUAUAUAUUUACAUUUAUAAUAUUUCAUUUUUCAUCUUAUAAUAUUAUAUUGAUAUGUAAACCUAAACGUACCUCGUUCUAAAAGCUUGUAUAUCCUUUCUAAUAACUUCAGCUGAUUUUGUUGCCUCUUCCAUUUCUUCUUUGAGAUCUUGAAUAUGUCGAUUAUAAUCCUAUUUGCAUAAUAGAAAUAAAAAAAAUAACGCAUGUCCUUACCAAUUACAAUUCUAUACAUUAAAGUUUUUACCUGUAAGGAUUUACAAAUGGCAUCUUUAAAAUGAUCUAUUGUAACGAAGUCCGAAAAGAAUGGUAAAAUAUCUUCUAUCCUAACUAAAUCGCAUUGUUGUAAAAAUUCCAUCACUUGUUGUAUAUCAUUCUUUUCACGCACUACGUGUUCAGCUGAAAAAAAAAAAAAAAAAAAAAAAAAAAAAAA